AUGACAACCAACGCACCCACGCACUCGGAUGAGAACGUUUUGAUCUCGCCUUCAGUCGGAGGCGCCGGACCGACCCAUGGCCUCUCGGCGACCGGAUCGAGCCGCUCGAGCUCGGAUGAUCGUACGGGGGAGAAGACGGUCGGGGAGAAGACACAGUGAGUGCAUGUUCAGAGACGGUCCAGCUCAUGAGGUGAGUUUGGUAUCAAAAGUGGGAUUAUGUUGACAGGACUUGUUUGCUGUUUCACUGUGAUUCCCACUAGGGGUUUGAUGGAGACCAUUCACGGUGCGGGGGAAGCGAUCCGAGGCACCAUCAACGGCGCUUUGGAUGGUGCAGGUGACGCGUGAGUGGCGCACACUCAAGACGAAGAUCGACGUACAACAGAGGUCGAUCCAUACAACUAUGAAGGAACUGACGAGUAUUGCCCUUCGUUUGGAAAUAUCAGGAUCGCCGGUCGUGAACAAGGAUCGGUCCCCUCUCGAAACGACGGCGACGACGUCGCGCGCAAGGGCGUCGAGGAACUCAAGGAGGGCUAUGCCAAUUUGACCAAGUAG